AACAUUGUAGCUAUUUACAUGCUGUUUGUGCAAUGUCCUUAGAUCGUUAGAUGUAGAAAUUUAAAAAUGAAUUUCAACUGGCAAGAUCGUCAGAUGUGAACCACUCAAUCUAUCAUGUAUUUCCAUUCCAAAAAUCUAAUUUGGAUAGAGAGUUUGGGCAACCAGAUACAUAGCAUAAAUCGUUGCCCGGUCGUCGGGAACCAAAUACCUGUGACCUGAGUCAUGUAUAUACUCCCGGGAAAACCAUCGCCGGCGACUUUCUUUCCGUCCGCACCGAACCCCAGACCUCUAAUUUCACCUUUCAAAAACCCAAGACCAUUCCACCUCCGAAAUUCCCCUUCCAGAAUAUCCCUCUCCUUCUCUUUCCGAAAAGGAAACAACAUGCCGUCGGAUACUGGCUGCCCUGUUCCGCCGGAGCAGCUGCCGAUUAAUGAAUAUCAGACUCUCUCCACCUCUUUCCCUUUCUCCUGGGCUGUCGGAGAUAUAGUUGAGUACUGUUCUCGAUUGGUCGCCACCGGUGCUUCCUUUGCGCUCUUCAUAGGACUUCCGGUUGCUUGGUUCGGCACCGUGGGGGUCGAAUCGGAUCCGUUGAGUCGAUCUCUUUGCGCUGUUUCGAGUGGAAUAUUAUUCGUUACGAUCGCGGUUGUCAGGAUGUAUCUCGGUUGGGCUUACGUCGGUAACCGUCUACUCAGUGCGACUGUAGAAUACGAAGAGACCGGAUGGUACGACGGCCAGAUUUGGGUAAAAACUGCCGAAGUUUUAGCCCGCGAUCGCCUCCUCGGUUCCUACACUGUGAAGCCGGUGCUCAGUAGGCUAAAAUACACUCUCGUUAGCCUUGCGGCAUCUCUGUUUGUGUCCAUUAUUGUGCUCAUCAACAUCGAUGGAAGCCAAUUGCUGGGGCCUUUCUUCACCGGAAAAUAUGCAGCAGAUGACAGCAGCAGCAGGGUCAUUCCCGGCGUUUAUAGCGACGAAUCCGCCAGAUCUUUCGAGCCUGAUGCGUUCUGUGGGCGUGGCGAAGAUGAUCUUCCCAAUGACAUUCACUUCGCUGAGUAGAUUGAAACUGGCAGGCUUAAUUUGUAAAGGAAAAGCCCAAAUCACAUAAUGAGCCCAGCCCAAAUCAUAGAAUGAGCCCAGCCCAGUAGCUACCGCACCAGUUUCUACAGAAUGAGCCCAGCCCAGUAGCCACCUCACCAGUUUCCACAGACUCAGCCCAAAUGCUCCUCACUAUUUGUUGCUUAAUAGUUAACCAAUAAGAAGCUGACACCUGUAUUGCGUUAAAUUAUUAUUUACUUUAAUUAUAUUCUCUUUUUUUUUUUUGGAUAAGACAAUAAUUUAUUACUUUUUUGUUGUCGAAUUUUCCGUAAAUCCUGUUUACAAAUUUUUCAAUCAACGACUUUUUUUUUACUGUUCAGUCCGUUUUUCAAUAAAUAAAUAAAUAAAUAAAAUUA